UGCUUUUCUGGUUGGCUGCUUGUACUUGGUCCUGGUUUAAUUUCCUUUCCAACCCUUCCUCCUGCCCUAGGUUGGAAGGAGGAUGGACAGGUGGCUGUGGAUGCUGAGUGCCAGCAGGAUCAUGACUCGGGCUGAGGGGGACAGCAAUGUGGCCCAGAGCAAGCAUGGCAGCAUUGAGGCUGACUUUGAGGCCUGGAAAGCCAAAUUCCUGACUCGGCUCCAGGCACUCUGCAGAGGGGAAAAGAAGCCCUGCAGUGGGAAGUGCAAGAAGGGGAAGUGCAAAUCUUCAGGGAAGCAGAGCAAGGAAAGCUCAGACCAUGAACAUGGGACGUCGGAGCAGGAGAACACUGAGGCAGAGGAAUUCUUUGAAACCAGUAGUGAGGAGGAAGCUGGAGGCACAGAUUCUGUAGUUGAUGUUGAAGAUCUUGGCAAUGUCAUGGGCUACAUGAAGAAAGCAAAGAGAGAGCAGGAGCUGCAGGAAGGAGCUGCUGGAGCUGAGAGGAGAGAGAUGAUCACCCCAGCCCUGAGGGAGGCUCUCACUAAACAAGGUUAUAAACUCAUUGGGAGCCAUUCUGGGGUGAAGCUCUGCCGAUGGACAAAGUCGAUGCUGCGGGGCCGCGGGGGCUGCUACAAGCACACCUUCUAUGGCAUUGAGAGCCACCGCUGCAUGGAGGCCACCCCCAGCCUGGCCUGUGCCAACAAGUGUGUCUUCUGCUGGAGACACCACACGAACCCCGUGGGCACUGAGUGGCGGUGGAAGAUGGACCAGCCUGAGCUGAUCCUGCAGGAGGCCCUCGAGAAGCACCAGAACAUGAUCAGGCAGUUCAAAGGUGUGUCAGGAGUGAAGGCAGCUCGGCUGGAGGAAGCUCUGGCAGUGAAGCACUGUGCCCUGUCCCUGGUGGGGGAACCCAUCAUGUACCCACACAUCAACAGCUUUGUGAGGCUUCUGCACCAGCAUGGCAUCUCCACCUUCCUGGUCACCAACGCUCAGUUCCCCGAGGAGAUCAGGAGGCUGGAGCCUGUGACCCAGCUCUACGUCAGUGUGGAUGCCAGCACCAAGGAGAGCCUGAGGAGGAUUGACCGACCCCUCUUCAAGGACUUCUGGCAGAGGUUUCUAGACAGCUUAAAGGCCUUAGCUGAAAAGCAACAACGCACUGUUUAUAGGCUGACCCUGGUGAAAGCUUGGAAUGUGGAUGAACUCAAAGCUUAUGCUGACCUGAUAUCCCUUGGGAAACCAGACUUCAUUGAGGUCAAGGGUGUGACCUACUGCGGGGAGAGCUCUGCCAGCAGCCUGACCAUGGCCAACGUGCCGUGGCACGGGGAGGUGGUGAGCUUCGUGCGGGAGCUGGCGCGGCUGCUCCCGGACUACGGCAUCGCCUGCGAGCACGAGCACUCCAACUGCCUGCUGCUGGCCCACAGCAAGUUCCGGGUGGACGGCGAGUGGAGGACCUGGAUUGACUACGGCCGCUUCCAGGAGCUGGUCAGGGAGCACCAGCGGAGCGGCGGCUCCAGGACCUUCACGGCGGCCGACUACACGGCCAGGACUCCUCCCUGGGCCCUCUUUGGGGCCAGGGAACGGGGCUUUGACCCCCUGGAUGUGAGAUUCCAGCGGAAGAACAAGGCACGGGACAUCUCGGGGUGCUGAGGGCUGGGGCUGCCUCACCCUGGGCUUCCCCGGACUCCAUUUCGGGCUGACACCAUUUUGGACCAGCUGGAUUAUCCUGAUGUUUGUGAAGAGGGUCAAGCCUGGAUUUAACCCUUCCCUCCUGUUUUUAGGGCUUCCUGGAUGAAAAUAUUGAUAGCGUUCUUAUCUCGAGAUAAAUCAGAACUGGUUCAGCAGCAGUGGGUGGGGGGCACUGCUGGGAUCUCCCCAGUGGGGAAUGGCUGGAGUGGGAUGUGGGGCCAGAGGGUUCCUUGGACUCCUGUGUAAGGAGAGCCUGGCAGCAAAACAUUCCACAGCCCUAAGGAAAAAUGCCAGUGGAUUUCAGCCCCACAAAGUUGGAUCAGGGCCACAGCCAGACCCAGAUCCAAAAGCUGAUCCCUGCUGGGAGCAUCAUUUUAGGGACUUUGUUCAGAUAUUUUAAACACUGGUGACAUUUCCUGUAAAAACCCCAUUGCCAAGAAGCCAAACCUUGGGAAUGGUGUAACAGCACCCCUAUGGAUACCAGCUGCAGCUUCUGAUACCUCCCCAAGUGUCUUCGAACCUCAUGGCUUUGGGAAUGAGCUGUAGGAACAGUUUAUCCCACUCCCAGCAGCCCUAAACACCAGGUCCAGUCCUUCAGGGCCCUGUCAGGCUCAGCUGGGUGUGCUCGGUGCUGUAGAUGGAACAUCCCUGGCAUGGGGAUUCCAUUGCUUUUUAAAAGCAACCUCUUUUCUUAAGCUGUACAAAGAGUUUCUAAAGCAGAAGGAAAAUAAAGGAGUUUUGCCUCUGG